GUAGCUUAUCGGAUAUUUUUGCUAUAAUAGCACAUUCGUUACUGUAGUUUAUGAUUCUGAGUACGGUUGUUGUACAAAUAACAUCAUAACUGAUCUAGUGGUUUGUGUAGGUAAUAAAUCAAGUGCAUCAAAAUGCAACUAGAGGCAUACUCAGAGUUAAGGAAGGCCUUAACCCUAGAACCUUACCCAUAAUAGAAUAAAGUAGCAGUACAAUACACUUUUUUAACAUUAAUUUUAUUCACAUUGAUAACAAUUAAGGCUUAUUAAUAAACAUAGACAAUUUCAGCAAAAAAGGUUCUGGAUAUAGUUGUCAACAAAGAUCAAAGAGGUAGAAAAACUGUGCAGUAUUUGAUCCAUUUCCAGAAGACAAGAAAACUCUUAAACAUGUGAAUUCUUCUACUCUGUAGUUAAUUUAAAAUUUUUAUUCUGGUGCAUACAGCACAGAAAUAUGAAAAUUGAGCAAUGACCCGUUCAAGUACCCGCCAUCGUUUAGUGCGUGCAAAAACUAGGUAAGUUCCGGACUUCCGAUGUUUUUGCACUGAAUGUGUAUUACGUUGUGUUAUUUGAAUGGGGAAGGAGUAUCCUGGUUUACAAAGUGUUUUUCCAGAAUACACAUCUACCUUUAAUGAAGCGUUUCCACUAAACACGCAUGUUGAUAAAAAAAUGGACUUCAAUGUUUUUACAAUGACAGAUUCAAAUAUAAACAUACCAAGUAUCUUCUGGAGGAAUAUUUUAAUGAUUUAAUUAAAAUAUUUCAACUAUCAGUCCUUACAAGCCUCAUUUUAGGGUUGGAAUUCGUCCUGGGACAGAUGUGUUGAUGAAGAGUUUGUAUUAAAAGACACACCUGAGAACAGACAGUUACAAAAAGACCUAGCAGAAAAAUCCCAACUCCAACUUGGAGCAUACUUAUAUCGUAGAGAACGCAAAAAGAGCCAGAAAAAUAGUGAAAGAGCAUCUGCUUCAGAGGAUGGUAGUUCGGACAGUCCUACAAGAAUGGAUACUGAUGAUGGACAUGGAAUGACUACUAGCUCAGAGGAAGAUUCUUCUAUUGAAGAUGAAAUUAUACAUAUAGAAAUUACACCAGACCUAAGGGAGAUCCUUGAGUAUGAUUAUUAUGCAAUUAAAGAAAAAAAUAAGUUGUUGAAGUUACCAGUUGAACCACAUGUUGCAUCUAUUCUGGAACAGUAUUACAAACACUAUGUAACAAAUCAAAUUGUUGGACUGACAGAAAAAUCUACUCCCAAAUAUAGACCUCUUCCAUUCCACCAGAAUAAUGUAAAGCCCAAACCUGAGGAUAUACAAAAGAACUUACAAGUCUGCCGUGAAGUCUUAGAUGGUCUGAGGAUAUAUUUUGAUAAUUCAAUAAAUGAUCUGCUUCUUUAUGAUCCUGAAAAAGGUCAAAUAGCAACAAAGCAGGUUGUUUUUGAAUCUCCUUGCUCGGACACCAAGACUGAGAUAAAAAGUGAGGGCUGUGCAAAUAGUAACAAUGGCAAUUAUACUGGAACAAAUGAUACAGAGUUGAGCAGAGUCACUGCUAGGAGACGUACUUUAAGGUCAAACAGGAGUGAUUCUCAAGUAAAUGGCAAUGCAUCUCCAUCUGAGAAUAAUAAUUGUAACAGUACUCAGCCAGGAUCAAGUGUUGCAAGUGGCAGUUCCGAUUUUGCUGGGCCAAUUACAAAGACACUGACGUGGCAUCUGCUUCCAGACUAUGUUCUUCAGCAGCAACCUCCACCACCAUGCAUGGUUUAUGGCGCCACCCAUUUAGCAAGGCUCUUUGUCAAACUACCAGAAUUACUGACUGCUUCCAAUAUUGCUGAGGAGACACUUAAAGUGUUGCUUCGACAUAUUGACAUGAUUAUAGACUUUCUGAGUGAGCAUAAAGAAUGGUUUGGAGAGCACUACUAUAUCGACGCAUCUUAAUAUAAGUACAAUUUUAAGGAUAUUACUUUAUCAAAAAUUGUGAUCUACAAUUUAAUGUAUACUUAAGUUUAAUUUUUCAUGUAUUGUUAGGUAUGUAGAAUUUAAAAACGUGAACUUAGAAUAGAAAUAAAGAAAUUUCCAAAGUUUGA